UUAUUUGUUCGGCGAGGUUUGUUUGCUUUGAACAAUACUUCCCACAGCUCGGCAAUUGUUUCCUGCUGGCGACUGAACUCAAAGCGCUCAUUCACUCUGCCUCGGCUUAAAAGAUACUUAUUUUAAACCUUUUUUUGUUCUCAAAAUCCAUUAUAGGAUUUUACAGAACAAUUUAAAUUGGGUUUUUGGCUUUUUUUUGUCGUUUUGAAGCGUGCUUCGCGGCUUAAAAUGGACAAUGUCAAGCGUUUUACGUGUUUAUUUAACCGUCUUUUUCGAGUCGACGGCGUAUUUGAUCGAUUUUGAAGAGUUUAGUUUGAAAAAAAAAACACGAUAACAUCGUUGUUAGCUCUUAGAUUGACUCGCUUUUUAAGUUAUUAGAUGACAAUUGAUGUAAAAGUAACCUUGCUUGAGUUCAAAGAAGUGCUAAAACUUGACACUGAAUGCUAACAGUUCAAGAAAAAUCUAUUUUUCUUGUUGUAUUGUCCACACCUAAGACGUGUUUUGCUUUCAGUUGUGGCAAACUUGAGAUAAAACGCUUAUAUUCGUAUUACUAUUUCCUAUGUGACAUUAAAUCUAAAUAAUUCCGGUUAAAUUCCAAGUAAAACUGGAGCCGAGACCGAAUUUUCACCCGUUAUUUUGAUACGGUCUAGAGUAGCAACUUGUUUGUCCAAAAGUCCCCGAACGCACCCUUUAAAUCGACUUUAGAUAUGUUUAAUUCACGGCCUUUUAUUCGUUUAAUUCACAAUGCGUGUACUUUGAAGCGAGGAAACGACGUGUUCGUUUUCGCAGGCAGGUAGUUGCGGCUUCAAUAAAACACACUAUUUAUAAAAAACAGGUUAAACGUUGCGUUUUGAUGACGUCACUCGACGACUUGUCGGUAGACUCUGCACAUUUUUUUCCUUUCCAUUCUUGUUCAAGUGUAGUGUAAGACAAAGUACGAGGCAACGGAUGACACAGAGAACGAGGAAGAUCCUCUCCCAUCCCCCCUCACCCUCUCUGUUGGAGCAUGGCUCAAGAGACCAAUCAGACCCAGGUGCCGAUGCUUUGCACGAUGGGAUGCGGUUUCUACGGUAACCCCCGCACCAACGGCAUGUGCUCGGUAUGCUAUAAGGAACACCUACAGAGACAACAGGGAGGGGGGAGAUCCAGUCCUCCGGAGGAGAAAGCUGCGAUGUCACCGUCGGGGAUGCCGGCGCCCGUUGAUGUCGUCGCGGAAAGCUCGGCACCCCAGCCCUGCGCAGAGGCGGCGGCGCGGACGUCGCCUGAUGAACCAUCAUGCAGCAUCAGUCCCGGAUCCAGUCCAGUAACCCAACAGAUGACGGCCAUGAGCAUCUCCCAGGAUUCGGGCGCCCUCGACUCGGAUCGAGCCGAGGCCGAUGAUGCCGAUGAGGAGGAAUCGUCCAACUCAGAGCCAGCGGGAGAAGCGGCGCAGACCUCUGACGGCGAGCAGACUCCUGACAAAAACAAGAAAAAGAACCGCUGCUUUUCUUGCCGGAAGAAAGUCGGCCUCACUGGUUUCGACUGCCGCUGCGGCAACCUGUUCUGUGCCAUCCACCGUUACUCCGACAAACAUGACUGUCCCUACGAUUACCGGAGCGCCGCCGCCGCCCGCAUUCGCAAGGAGAAUCCCAUCGUGGUGGCCGAGAAAAUCCAGAAAUUAUGAAGACUUCCGCGUCGCCUCUCUUUGACAAUUUGACAACUACGGUGACACCAUGGCUUUAUUCGUUCUUAAGCCGGGAAAGGCAGUCGCAGCCACUGUCCGGACACUUUCCCCUUACUACCAUCUCCACUCGUGACUUUUCCGUCUGAUUGUUUGUAUCCGAGAGCGUGUGGGAGAAGAACACCGGACGUGAAAUAAUAAUUUUUUUCAUCCCAUCUCUUGAAGAAGGAAGAUUAGACGUCAACCGUCUCGAACGAGAGACCAGCGUCCAUCAGCGAGACCUUUUUAAAGGGCUUUCGAUCCGAUUCUCCGCUCGUGAAAACGAUGUCAACCUUUUCAUCAAAUUGGCGUUUACCCCCCACUUUUCUCAAUCACCACACUUUGGACUUUCCACAUUUUCCAGCAGUGUCUCUUUGAUAUAUUGGGUGCAUGAAACAAGGAGGGUAGGGGUUAACUUUUAACCGAGUGAAUCUGUUUUUUUUCUGUUUUAAUGAGCGUAUGACUUCAGAAGAUCUAUAUUAAUAUAUUGUAGUUAGCUUGUGUGAUUGCAUUCUAUUUAUUUUUUAUCCUUUGGUGGGUGCGCUGGAGGAUUGGCAGCAUGUGUCGGCAAAUCGCUUAAGAUUCGCGUUGAGGAUUGAAUUCCAUUCCUAAAUUUUCACAUGAAAAGUGACAUUGACGGCGCGAGACAUCCAAUCCAUUCGGAUCCCCAGAACCUCCCAGUCCAAACGGAUUGCACGUCUAUCGCCGUCAAUGUGAAAGUUGCUACAAAGUCGCAUUUUUUUUUUUUUCCUGCAUUUGGGUCAUUUUCAGUCCAUACUUGAUUCUUAAAGGCACAGUGUAUUACUCCCGUAUGGCCUUUUCUUGUAUUUUUUUGUGUGUGAGCUAUUGCGUGAAGCUCCAAGCACCAGCAGACCACUGAGACGUGCUGAAUGAAAACUGACCCGGCUGGCAAAAAUAAUAAGAAACGCUAUUAACGCGCUACUCGUGAAAACUUUGAGCGAUAGAGACGAUAAUAUGCAUGUGUGCUGCCUUCUACGCGUUAGUUUCAAUGAGCCACACAGCGGUAGCACAAUGCAUGGCUAGCAACAUGGAGGUCCAAUUUAACAAGCGUCCCUUGCCCCAAAUGUAAAUACAAAGUGAUUGAAGUGCUCUGCGUAAAUGGCAUACCACUCUUUUACUACAGUACAAUAAUUAUCUCCUGCAGAUCACAUGUAUUCAUAAUAGUACCCUCCAUCCAUGCUUUUAUUCCGUUGUAGCAAAGUCGUGUUGAAAAGAUGGUAAAGUGUCAUGUUGAGGACAUAUGAAAUUUAGUUUUCAACUGUGGUUAAUGUGUUUUCUAAUUUUACCCUAAAAUAUAUCAUUGAUUGAAUGUAAACCAACAGAAUUUAUACAUGAAUCUUUCAAAUUCCUGAUAUAGCCUGAACAGGGGAUGGAGUUUUAAAAAUGGGUGACUGUUAGAAACUAAAUCAUUAUAGUUUUUUUUAAUUGUCUUUAUUGUUGUCAGGCAGUGGGACUCAAUUGUUGUUGAUAGGACAUGAGAACGGAAGACAAGUUGAUUUUUUUGGGUCUGUUGGAGAAGAGUAAGUGAAAUGAAAUCAUGCUAGCGCUGAACUCCCCCCUCCAGAAAUACCACCAGAUAUCUUUUUCAUUUUGUUUUUCUUUUCCAGAUUUAGGACUGUAUGACAUGUUCAAGUACAAAAAACAAUAAAAUCACAAAGUUUAUUUUAAAAGAA